AUGUUUGCGUGCAGUCGUCAGCCCUCAAAUCAUCCACUCACAUCGGCCUUUCCCGUCCCUCCAGUCAACGCGCAGCUCAUUCCGCCCGCAUACCGCCCAAAAGCACAUGGCUCCCGCAACGUCCAGCUUCCACCGCCAAGGCCAGAGGCCACAUCAGCCGAGCUCAUGACCCGCGCACUCGCUCAGCGGCACGGCGCCGUCCGCAAGAGGAGGGGCAUGGAGGGUGAGGAGCAAAGUGAAGAAGCAAGAAGAGAUAAGGAGGAGAACGACGCACAGCGAGAGCCGAGGAUGAACAGCAUCAGGAGGAAGGAGGAACAAGAUGGAAAAGCAGAAGGAAGGAAAAAAAGCAGAGCAGGAGGAGGAGGAAAGAUGCAAAAGCAGAAGAAGAAAAAGAAGCACAGGAGGAGGAGGAGGAAAAAGAUGAAAAGCGAAGAAGAAAAAGAAGGCAGAGCAGGAGGAGGAGAAAAGAUGAAAAGCAGAAAGGAAGAAAGAAGGCAGAGCAGGAGGAGGAGGAAAAGAUGGAAAAAAAGCAGAAAUCUGGAAUUCGGUGGCUAAACCAGCGCUGGGUCUUCUGCAUCAGCUUCACCUUCUACAUGAAUAAAAGACGUUCAAACAUCCAACACAACGGCUGUUCCCGCGCGGCGC